GGUGCAGAGCUCAGCACAGAGGAGAGCCGCCCGACCUGCGGAGCUACCGGAGCGGAGGAGAGCAGUCCCCGGAGCAGAGGACAGCAGUCCCCGGAGCCCCGGACCGAGGGUGCAGAGAACAGGACUGCGGCGGAUGGAGCUCCCGUGAUCCAGGGCAGCCCCAGGGAGCACCGGACGCCCCAUGCAGCUGCCCCCCCUGAUCGUGCUGCUGCUCUGCGGCGCGGCGCUGCUCCUGAGCCCGGCGGUGCGCGGCUGUGGCCCGGGCAGGGUGGUGGGCAGGAGGCGCAAAACGGUCAAGCUCAGCCCGCUCUCCUACAAGCAGUUCAGCCCUAAUGUGCCCGAGAAGACGCUGGGGGCCAGCGGGAGGUACGAGGGCAAGAUCGCCCGCAACUCGGAGCGCUUCAGGGAGCUCACCCCCAACUACAAUGCGGACAUUAUCUUCAAGGACGAGGAGAACACGGGGGCAGACCGACUCAUGACACAGCGCUGCAAAGACCGUCUAAACUCGUUGGCCAUCUCUGUCAUGAACCAAUGGCCGGGCAUUAAGCUGCGAGUGACUGAAGGCUGGGAUGAGGACGGUCACCAUUCUGAUGAAUCCUUACAUUAUGAGGGGCGAGCAGUGGACAUCACCACCUCAGACAGGGACCGCAAUAAAUACGGCAUGCUGGCCCGGCUGGCGGUGGAGGCUGGAUUUGACUGGGUGUACUACGAAUCUAAAGCGCAUAUCCACUGCUCUGUGAAGUCAGACCAUCCUGCAAAUGGAAAUCUACCAAGCUCCCCUCAGGAUCGUAGCUGGAAGUCUACCGUUGACAAGAGCAGAGCGGAAGAAGCUCCGCACUCCGUGUGGAGAACACAGGGGGCUGCAGAUGUGCAGGCAGAAGGGGGUAACAACCCGUGGGACAACCACCUAAGGCCACACGGAGCUGAAGAAUUGGGGUCUACCAGCUUCAAAGAACUGACCAAGAAAAAGAAAAAACGGGAAAGAAAGAAGAAAAAGGAACAGAAAGGGAAAACUCUAGGGGGUGAUGAGAAAAAAGUAAAGAAAAGGAAGAAUGAAGGAAAAAAUGCAAGCGACAAAGCCUCACGGAAGGGGAGAAAGGAGGGAAAGAGAAAGGUGAUGAAGGAGAACUGAAGGAGCAGAAGAGAUUGAUUGACAAGACUGGAGAAAGUUAAUGGUGGAACAGUGCAAAGACAGGGAGGGAGAUAAGAAGUAAGUGAACUGGGAGGCUUCCAAACCCCGGGCACUGCCAUGGGCACGACAAUGGCCCCAAACAAGCACAAACCUAGGAGCUGAGGAACAAAAUGUUUAAAAGAACAACAAAAUAAAAGAAAAAUAAUCACUGGAGAUGUGAGAACAUAUGAAGGAUAAUAUACAGCAAAGAAUAACUGAUUGUCCAAUGGAAAUGAGCAUAAUAUUCUAUGUUAAGUUAUACAUUCAAAUAUAUACUGGGCCAGUCACUUCUAGAAAAUACACUGCUGAGCUAUCGUAGAAAAUACAUCAGUGCAGUUGACUCGUCUAAUUCACUUGUAACGAAAUAAAAGAUAUUCCUUGUGAAUGGUACAAUGUAUUGUCAAGGCCUCUCACCUUUCGAGCAACUGUCACAUUGGCCUUGCUAAAAAAAAAAAAAAAAUCAUGACGUGCAUAGAAAGGCAGUCAAGGUGGAAGUGUUAUUUAAAAUGUGCAUAUUUUGUGCUAAUUAAAACAAGGACCAUGAUUACGACAUAUGUUUAAUGAUCUUAAAAAAAAAUGUAUUUCUUAUGUUUCCUUAAAGACAGAAACUACAAUAUUUAUAACACUAAAAAAAGUUACAUAUUGAACCAUUUCCAUGCAGUUAGGGGAUGUGUUAGCACCUUGUCUCAUCUCUAGGAUAUGCCAUACUUGUCUGAGGUCGAAGUCCAGUGCUCCAACCCCGAUCCAGGACCACUUUAAUUAUAGGGCAAAUUAUUCAGCCAAAUAUGCUCCCCCACAAUGCAUCACAUGAUGCAGGAAACCCAUCAGGGAAAAAGCCCAUCAAAGAAGGUAGGCAUAGGCACAUUUGUGGCUGGCACUCUGGGAGCACAAUAUGAUGGUACCCAUGGAGGGCAGUGCACGAGACACGUGAGGAAGAGGAGCUGUGUGUGGUCGGCAUUCUGCAAAGAAUAUCUGUGGCAGGCCCUCGGGCGGAUCUCUUUAGUAGGGGGGGUCAUCUGAGGCUGGCACAUACUGUAGCGGUAUUCUAGGGUAAAAUAGGCAAUGGAAACAUUUGCACAGCAUAUUACAGAUGGGUAUCUCUUCCUUAUGGAGAAGUCUAUGAUUUGGUUGUCUUCCUUUUGGAGGAGAACUCAUUUGCAUACUUUUUCCCAUAGAGCAUUGCCUGUAAAUAAGUCUCCAAACAUCACAUGGAUCUCUUCAAUGGAGAACCAGUACCACCCCUUCCUGUAUAAGGCUUCGUUUUGUGGGCCACAUCAUUUUCCUCUAGUCAGUCAAGGGUCCCACAAAUGACACCAUUUACAAUGGGUGUACCAUAAAAUGACCCUGCCCCAAACUAUUGGGAGAAUGGAGGUUGAGUGUUCCCCAUUCAUUAUAGGAGGGACCCCGACUUAUCAGACUUAUGGCUUAUUCUAGAGGCAGGGGUCAGCAGACUGCACAGUAGAUCAAACACGAGACCUGUAAUCGUAAUAAAUGUGGAACUUACGGUAAAUAAGAAAACUGUGAGAUUCUGAGGAAAGGGCAUUAGUCAUAUUUGUUCUUAAGUUUACAUCAGUUUCUUCUAUGGUAAACAUCCUCAACGAUCCCCCCAUGACUCCUUCUUUCAACCCUUCAUUUGCUAGCUGCCUGUACCCCCAUCCUAUCCCCCUCCCCUCUCCCAUGCACUGUAGAUCUAUAUUGUGUGGUUGGUAACAAAGUAGCCAUUUUCAGAAACCAAUGUUUCAUUGGUGAAGAAAUGUAUCCUUCAGUCUCCAGAAUGUUUCUUGUAUCUGUGCAUACCUACUAAUAUUUGCCUCCCCAUGCAUGAGACACUAAAGUCCCACCCUGGGAUCUGCUCAAGAGCACCCCCAAAACAUCCCAGGAAAGCCCAACCCUGCAAAAAAGGGACCCUUGGGAGGUGUGUAACAAUGUGGCAAUUUUGCAGGGAAUGCAAAGAUUAUGUAAUGAGUGUUAACUCUCUUGAGUCCUUGUUUUUAUCAGCACGUAAUAUUAAAUAUGUGACUAAAAAGGUGGCCUCAUCAAGACAAUCCCUUCUCUAUAGGCUAGCCACCAUGGAUCAGCUGAUUGCCGCUGGUCGGCAAUUUCUGCUGGGGAAAUGUAGUAUUAUAUGUCGGCCAUUCAACUGAAUAUGUAAUACACGGACAGCUGGGUGCGUCAGAGAGGGAGCCGCUCUCUGCUGUGACUCAGGAGGUCCACGCCCAACUGGACCUUGCAGGAGGCCCCAAAGGUCACCCUGCCUUAUAGGAGACUAGCACUAUAAAUGCUAUUUGGGGGCCCCUGCUGCAGCUGACAUCCAUGUGGCCUGCUAGGACAUACAGACGGGGUUGUCUUGAUGAACGGGCCCUUUGACUUAUUCUAAGUGACUGUCAAUGUGACAGUAGAAGAAUCUGAACCUGCAGGGGUCGUUGCUACUUACUGAACAUAAAGAGCUAAUUUAUUACUGUAAGCGAUUUAUAUUUUUUUAUUUAGAGUCGUUUUUGGUACUGCGGUGAUUGUAGACUGUAUAUUUUGCAUCUGUGAAAUUGUACAAUAUAUUUAAAAUAAACCGAUCUGUGAGAAUCUGA